GCUCAACCUGUUGUGUUGACUCGCUGACUGAAGCGGGCUGAAGCAUCUCGGCGGCGGCGUCGCGGUGCGCGGACCGUCGGUACCGAACACUCGCCAUAGCCCGAGCGCCCUGGUGUGCCCCGCGCCCGCGCCGCUGCCGUCGCCGUCGCCCCCAAGGGCGUGGAGCCUCCGGAGCAAGAGGCCGACUGCAUUCUGCAACACCCUGAGCACCCUAUUGUUAUAGGCGCCACCACACACACAGGCACGCCGCCCGCCCGCCAUGGGGCUGUUCGCGGGCAAGUGCCGCAGCGUGGCCCGCCUGGACGGCAAGACGGUCGUCAUCACGGGCUGCAACACGGGCAUCGGCAAGACCACGGCGCUGCACCUGUGCAGGAUAGGGGCCCGGGUGGUGAUGGCGUGCCGUGACGUGCAGAAGGCCGAGGAGGCGGCGGCCGAGAUCCGCGCGGGCGUCGGCGACGCGGCGGGCGCGGGCCAGCUGGUGGUGCGGCGCCUCGACCUGGCGCACCUGCAGUCGGUGCGCGAGUGCGCGCGCGAGAUCCUCGAGACGGAGGCCAGCAUCCACCUGCUCAUCAACAACGCCGGCGUCAUGGCCUGCCCGCGCAUGGAGACCGAGGACGGGCUCGAGCUGCAGCUCGGCGUCAACCACUUCGGCCACUUCCUCUUCACCUGCCUGCUGCUGCCCAGGCUCAUCCAGUCCGCGCCCGCCCGCGUCGUCACCCUCUCGUCGCUGGCGCACACCUCCGGUCGCAUCAACUUCGACGACCUCAACUCGGAGCGGUCGUACGACCCGUGGAGGGCGUACCAGCAGAGCAAGCUGGCCAACGUGCUCUUCAGCGCCGAGCUCGCGCGGCGGCUGCGCGCCACCCAGCAGCAGGGCGACGUCUCCGCCGUCACCACGUACGCCGUGCACCCGGGCGUGGUCAAGACGGAGCUGGGCCGCCACCUGGACGGGCUCUACUUCAAGGGCGCGCGCGCCGCCAUCGGUCUAGUGUUCCGGCCGUUCCUCAAGACGCCCGAGCAAGGCGCGCAGACCUCGAUCCACUGCGCCGUGGACGAGCAGGCGGCCAGCGAGACGGGGCUGUACUACAGUGACUGCAAGGUGAAGAGGCCAUCAUCAAGAGCCGAGGACGAGGAGGUGGCAAGACGACUCUGGGAGGAGAGUUGGAAAAUUGUCAAACUGGGCGAAUUCGAUCCAUUCAAGCCAGCUUAACAUGGAUAUAUAGAUAUUAAAUUGAGUCACAAUUCCUGUUAUAAA